AUGGAUAUGUUCUCAAUGCUCAAACAGACGCUGACAGCUGAAGGGGCAAACCCCAUCACCAAGUACUAUGACAUUGGUAGGCACGUGGCUAGUGCUGGGCCCGAGCUGAUCUGGAAGAUUUACGACGCUGUGCGACUUGAGGACAAAAAGCAAGCAUCAGUGUUUAUCUUUGAAAAGAAGAUAGCAGACAAAUUGCACAAGCCUCGGCGCCGGGAGACUGUAGCUGAGAUCCUGAGGAGAGAAGUACGACAGUUAGGACGUAUCCGUCAUCCACAGAUACUACAUAUACUGCAUCAUGUGGAGGAAAAUCACGACAGCUUGGCCUUUGCUACUGAGCCAGUCAUGGGAAGUCUGGCCAACUUCCUUGGGAACUUUGACCGCUUACCAAAUCCAGUCCCUGCUGAAUUCAAGGAUUAUGAAUUCACGGAGCUUGAUAUCAAAUAUGGAAUUCUACAGGUGACAGAAGCAUUGGCGUAUCUUCAUGGCUCCGAACAAAUGCUCCAUGGCAACGUAUGUCCUGCCUCUAUUCUGCUGACUAAGCGUGGCUGCUGGAAACUGUCAGGGCUUGGAUUUGCCGAGAAAGCAAGGGAUGGCAAGGAUUCCUUCCCGUGUCAGCCCUGGACGUCAAAAUCACCCAAAAUGGCACAGCCAGAUUUGGACUAUGUUGCUCCCGAAAUUCAGCUCGACAAAAAUUGCACGACUUUGAGUGACAUGUUUUCAUUGGGCAUGCUCAUAUGUACAAUUUACAAUGAUGGGCGCCCCCUGCUGGAUGCCCAACACAGCACAGCUAUAUAUGUCAAGAGAAUUGAUCAGACCAAUGAAUUCUUUGGUGAAGUAGCUCACAAAAUGCCGCUACCUCUGGUUGAGCCGGUUGAGAAGAUGAUACAUAGAGACAUUCGCUACCGGCCCACUGCCCAACUCUUCUCAUUGCUGAAGUAUUUUAAUGAUCCAAUAGUGGCUUGUCUUCAACAUAUAGAUCUGUUGGAACUCAAAGAUAUCAGCCAAAAAGUGGACUUCUACAAUCAGCUAAUUCCAGUGAUACCUUGUAUACCAAAAAAAGUGCUCUAUGAUCAUGUCUUCCCUGUGCUGAAUGAGGAAUGCCGCAUCUAUGAGCUGACUAUGCAUACUCUGCCACCUUUUCUAACAAUUGUUGACUAUUCCACCAGAGAAGAAUAUGCAGAAAUCAUCUUUCCAGCACUUCGCUAUAUACUCAGUAUGCCAAAGCCUGUGCAGGCCACGGCCAUCAUCUUGGAUCGUCUGGACAUCAUUCUGGCUAAAACCCCUCAGGAGGAAAUCAAGACCGAGGUGUUGCCCCUUGUCUUCAACACCCUGGAUUCUAACUCCUUGCAUGGACAGGAAGCUGCGUUGAAUGCCAUAGGAAUGAUUCGUGAUUAUUUGGAUGAAAAUGUCAUGAAGAAGAUGGUUCUGCCUCGGGCCAAAAGUUUAUUUUAUAAAUCUACAAAUGUAAAGAUUCGUAUUAAUGCACUGUCUUGUAUAGACAAGCUGUUGGACUCUCUAGACAAGAUGAUUAUUCUAGAUGAGGUGCUCCCAUUUCUCACUGAUAUAUCGUGUCAGGAUGCUGACGUGGUCAUGGCGGUUGUCAGUAUCUACAAACACAUGCUGAGUGAUAAGAAGUUUGGCCUGACCCACAACCUGAUAGCCACCAAAGUUAUGCCUCCCUUAAUCCCCCACACUGUCAACCCAGGACUCAGUAUGGAAAAGUUCAGUGCAUUAAUGGAGGUGCUGCGUGAAAUGUUGGAGAACAUUGACAGGCAGCGGCGGAACAAAAUGAAACAAGAGACAGAGUCAGCUCCCCUUCCCAGAGGCUCUUUAAAGAUGCGCCAAAUUGGUUCCUGUCAACUGGAAGAAAAGAUUUUGAUGGAUGAAAAACUAGGUCAGAGGAAUUACCUGAGUGUGGAUGAUGCUCUGCAGAAUGCUCACAAGAGCAGAACGGCUCCAAGCACGCCUGAACUUCAGCAGCGUCCUAAACAGGUCAGCCCAAAUUCUCAGCGAAAAAACCACAGUCUUCAGUCUCUGGGCUGCAGCUUGGAUGAAAAGUCGACCCUGGAGAGGCCAACAGAGGCGCUGCGUCGUUAUAGCCUUGUUCCUCCAGGCCCAAGCACCCCAGGGAUUGGCCUGAUCCCGGAUGACCGUCACGGAGGGGAGGUAACUGACCGGCCCAGACGGCCUAGUACUCAGAGUCUUGGGACAGGGUUAUUUGGGGAUGGCACUGACCGGCCUCGCCGGCCCAGUACUCAUAGUCUCGGACCAGUGGUCAUCCCAGACCAGGAAAGGCGAACAAGUCGUGGAAGCAUAUUCGGGAGUUUAGUGCCCGACCCAAAUCGCCGCCCCAGUUUUAGCAGUUUUGGCGAGAGUGUGGCGAACCUUGUAACCCCAGAUCCAAACAGAAGACCAAGUUUUUCCAGUGUGAUGCAGUUUUUGUCCGGAAAGUGAGGAUGAAAUCAUUUGAGGUCAUACAUUGUACACGAAACAUCUGACAUAUCCAUGGAGAAGCUGGAUAAAUACUGGAAACUGCAUGAGCAAUGUAAUUGGCUUACACGGCAAUUUUAUUUUAACAGGACCCCAACAGGAGUUUCCUUUAGGCAACUUGAUCUCUGCCAAAGAGCAAGCACUUUUCUGAAGCCUAUAUUGCUCAAAUUAAUAGAUUUGCCAAAGAGCAAUAUCUGUUGGCUUCAGUCCAGACAUUAUUUGGAAAAGAAAAUAACACCUUUAGUAGUUCACUCAGCAUGCACAUGGAGAUUGCACCCUGGAAGAUGUUUUGUCAAGUAGAUGGUUCCAGGCCUCUGGAAAAGUAUUUGGAGCAUUAAUGUUGACACGUACUUAAGACAUUAAACCUACAGGAAUUGUAUGUAAUGGCUUUUCACUGAGUAAGCCCUAUUCUUGUGGCUUUCUAUGCCAAAUGGCUUAAUUAUCAGAUAGUGGAGAUGUUGAACUGAAAUCCUAUUUAACAUGGGCAAGCAUGUGAUUCAUAGUAUAUCCUUAAAUGUUUCUCGACCUAAAUCUAGCAUGAGAUCUGUAUAUAAUCAGCACAAAAGAUACAGCGCAUUUUAAAGCACAAUUUUCACGUUUUUAGUAAAAACACAUUUUCAGCAGAACAUUAAGUACAACUUUAGCUUAGAAGCCAAUACACCCAUAUACAAGUAUUAAUAAUGUGCUGAAUAACAUGUUUAUGCAUUAAUUAGCUGUCUGACUUUAUCUAGCUUAAUGCAAAAUGCGCAGGAGUAUUCUUUUUGCGCUUAAUAUUUUCUACUGAUGGUUCAAGUUGAAGAUUAUAUAAGGGUUAAUGAUAUAUGUUUGUGAACAGUGGUGUAACUGCAGAUCAAUCAGAGAUUUUUUUUUUUAGGAGAAUCGUUUCAUCCCUAUUCUAAUUCUAAUCCUAUUCCACCUCAGUAAUGCAUACAAGGUAGAUCACCACUUUGGGAAUAGGACACAAGUUAUGAAUGGCUUGACUUGUAUUAUAGAAUCACAUGCAUUUUUAUAGGGUGUUACAACCAUCCAUGCUUUUGUUACAUCGUGUGAAUGAUUGUGGCUCACACUGUGGGUAGAGGUAUCCUUGCGAGUAGAAUGCAUGGUUUGUACUCUUACUCUACUAGUAUGUAGUCAUGUUUAUAAAAAUAUAUAGGGGCUCCUUAUUGGGCCAAGAUUUGUAGA